AUGGGUCGGGCCCAGCCGGCGGGGUUCCUCAUUGGGCAGCUGCUGUCGGCGCUCGAGGUGUCCCGGAUGGCGAUGAGGGCGGCGAGGCUAGAGCCGGACUCCGAGGGGUUCGGUGCGAGCUCUCCGCCGGAGUUCGGGUCGGCGUGGUCGGAGUCGUCGGAGCCGGCAGGGGAACUCGGGACGAGCGGAAGGCGGGUGGUGCCCGGCGUCAUCUACCUAGGGCAUAUCCCGCCGUGCUUCCAGCCCCUGCACGUGCGGAACCUGCUCAGCGGCCACGGCGACAUCGGCCGUGUCUACUUCCAGCCAGAGGAUCGAUUGGGCCGAUGGAAGAAGACGACGGCCAGGUCGGGGGGCCGCCGCCGCCAGGGGCAGGGCUACACCGAGGGCUGGGUAGAGUUCCGGGACAAGCGGGUGGCCAAGCUGGUGGUGGCCAGCCUGCACAACACCCCCAUGGGCUCCCAGCGCCGAAGCCCCUUCCGCUAUGACCUCUGGAACCUGAAGUACCUGCACCGAUUCAAGUGGUGCCAUCUGAGCGAGCGCCUGGCCUAUGAAAGGCAGGUCCGGCAGCAGCGUGUUUGGGCAGAGAUCUCUCAGGCCAAGCGGGAAACAGACUUUUAUCUGCAGAGUGUGGAGAAAAGCAAACAUUUCCUGAAGAAGGCAGAAGCUGCGUUGGCUGCUUGUGGGGAGGGAUCAGUAGUCCAAGAGAAGAGCUGGGGCUUCUUCCAGCACCCCACAGAGCUGGAGAUCAGAAAGCACAAAGAGAUUCAGGCCAGCCAGGGCAAGGAACUACAAGCCCAGAUGCACGAGUUUGCUGAGAAGGCCCAGCCAAAUGAGCCUUUGCUGACCAAAAUUUUCCACCCUGGGGCCUAAGUGUCUGUGAAACUGACUUUAAUGACCUCAGCAUCUCAGCAUGGCCAGCAUUGUGCAGAAGGGCCUGACAGGGAUGUGGAAAUCUUGUUCUGUUCUGGAUUCAUUGGAUUGGAAGCCCAAUCAAAGCUUCCCAGCAACGGGUUUGGCUUGAUAAAUUCAGGAUACGGCCUUAACUUUCAAGUAACAAUAAAGUGUUACAGUAGGGA